AUGACAAGAAAGACGGGCAUCAGCCGAGGAACGAGCCCACUUCCAAAGGACGAGGGCGGCGCAAAGAAACCAAGAACGCAGCAAACAGUAUUCCAUGACUACGAAGUUUCAUACAGAACAUGCGUCGCUAUCUUCGUGUUUGCCCUCGUCGGGAUAAGCAUGACCCCGCUCAAGGAAUACUACGUUGGCAGCUACGUCACCAAGUCGCUCGACGAAGUCCGCGAUGAGGUCGUCGCGCGCAAGCUCAAGAGCGUGGGUGUUGUCACCAGUGGUGUGCAUUACUUUGACACGUUUGACCGCAAGAACCUCCCGCUGAUCGAUCUCAAGACCAAGAAGAAGCUCACCCGCACAGACGCAGCCACACUCUCACUAAGCGACUUCCUAGUUCGAUCGAACUUGCGUCGAUCCGAUUUAAUCGACAGCCUUCCCGCGGAGAUACUGACAGUACCCGUUAACAUUAUGGUAGACGUGUACGCGCCUUUGUGUGGACCCGUGACAGCCUCUUUAUCGUCCUGGGAGACCCAGCCACAGUUGCUCUUUGGAAACUGGUUCCCUUCGAUUCAACACGAAUUCUGUCGAGAUUUCCACGACAAGUUUCCGCGCGAUCGCUUCUUCAACCACCGCGACAAAGCGCCAAUCGACGAGCACUUGAAAGAGGUCGGCAAUGUCACGCUUGGCCUUAUCGCCGUCGUCAACAUGUCCGAACUGUAUUUACGCCACUUUGACGACGUGCACGUCGUCCGCAAAAUCAUGAAAAAUGCGCAGGAAGGGUUUAUCGCUUUGGAGCUACCCGAGUACACGGACAGCGUUGCAGACGCAAUUGUGGAGCUGUAUAGCGAAGGGAUAUCAGUAGCUGAUGUCGUAAGGCUGCUACCCAGGUCAUUUGAUGGUGAUCACGUCGCACUCGUUGACGUACUAGGCGUCGACGCUCUUCUAGCGUAUUAUCUGGACUCGCAACAACUCUCCGUUGGGGUCAACGUGAAUGGAGAAGCCGCAAUUUUUGCCGAGGUUACGCAUGCCACAGCGUCAUUCUUUACGCCAGACUUUCUGAUCAACACGGUCGGGAUGCACUUGGUGUCUACGAUGCACUUGGCUCCGUUCUGGAACUGUGCGAUCCAGCACACGACAAUGAGUAAAUCGAUCACUGUGGCUGACGUUGAUGGAGCGAAGAUCAAGCAGUGUGGGGGCGACAUGGCCUCGAUCAUCCCGACUCUCGCUGUGAACUUGAUGUUUCUGUUCCAGAAGGACGAGCGCGAUUAUUCCGAGCUAGACAACACUACCACCUACACACUGGGGCGACGACGCGAAUCUGCGACGGAUUAUACAGCUUUGGACAUUCCAGAGGUACUUACGGACUCUGCAUUGCUGUCAAUGGACGGCACAAAGUGGGCAAAAUCUCGCGUCAAUGUUACAGACUCCGAAACACCAACUACCCCGUAUGGCUACCUCUAUACUCCAGAUUGCCAAACGAUCGUCGAUUCGGUCAUGCAGCAGAGCGGCCGGAAUGUACAAAAGUACCAAGCUUACAUAGGUGACGGAUUCGGUAGCUGCCAAUUCCGAGAUUCCCAGGAGACGGACUUACACACUUUGUGCAGACUGUUCAUGACUUCGGAGGAGGUACUAUUCCGCACGCUCAACGGAAGUUUGAUUGAGCUUCCUUCCUGCUCGUCCUUCAUCACUGCCGACGCCAGCAUAGAAGACCAGGUGGUCGAGCAAGAUAACUUGCGCCAGAUCGAGUGGUUUAUGAUUGAUACCACAAUGUUGACUCGACGAAUUCGAAUCCAAGACAAUACGAGUCGGCAGAUCCGCACGUUCCUGCUGAUUCUCAACUUGAUCGGUGCUUCGCACUAUGCGAUCGAGUACAUCUUCAUCCUCAAGAGUGUGUGGAUCUUCAUACGGAACAGCGUGUAUCGACCUGCAGGGGAGGCGCUGUCUCUUACCCGUAUUGGAAGCACAGACUUUAUCAAACGUGAAGCGCCACUGCUACGUAUCGGAAUCUUCGAGUUGCUCCAGUGUGACCCAGCUGACGGAGCUCUUGGACACCCGGGUACGAUGGUUUUGCUGUAUCUCGGCGCGAUAGGCACUCUCAGCAACAUUUUCUCGCUCAGUUGUACAGCCCAGCUCUCUACAGAAGAAGGGACGAUCGUCAUCUACUGCGUGCCAUCCAUUCCAAUGCGCAGCCUCUCGCUUGUCCUCACCACUCUGAGCAGCAGCUAUUGGGUCAUUCGGGUCACGCUGCAGACGCGAUCACUGGCAAUGCGCCUCGAUCAUGCUGCGCAGAAUGAUUUCGUGCGCUUCUGGUCGCUGAAUGCGGCUGCGGUGCUGGUGAUCCACUUUUCGUGCAAGGCGGGAGCUGACCUUGUCUUUCGGGACGCGGAGCUGCACUCGGACCCUCAUCUCUACGCGAUAAGUGGCGGCUCGCUCGUGGCUGUCAUCAUUUCCCUGGGGUUUCUACUCGUGCACGUUGUAUUGAAUCACACCUCGAGACUGCGCAGUGUGCUAAAGCAACGGUCGACGAAGGUGUUAUGGCAAGAACCUUCCGUGCGAGACGCCAGCGGACGAGCUUUCGUAGCCAAGUGGAGCACUAGAGGUCUCGACUCGGUACUGUACCAUUGUGCGAGUCCACAGAUCGCUCGACAGCUAGAGGCCUUUGGCAAUCGUCAACAGUUCGGCUCGUUCUUCACUAAGAAGCUCCAAACAGUUGUCACUUCCGGCGGCAACCAACCCAGCGGUAUACGGAUGCACCAUUUCGUUGCCGUUCACUGUGCAGCGGGAGCCCACGCCCACUUGCAAACCGUGAAAUGGUUCCUAGAACCAAGUCGGAACGGAGGUGUUACGAGCGUGAACCCGACACCGAAGACGUCUCGGAUCACACCCGUGGAGAUGAACAGAUUCGCUGAGGAGGGGCUCUCAUGGGCAGGGGCGCAUGCCCUGAAAGAGGAGACGUCGAUGGGGUAG